AUGGUUUCCCCUGCCCUCUCCUCAACAUGGCCAGGCAUGCUCCCCUCCCUCUCCAUCUCGACCAUCAGCCGCAUCAACCCCCGUUCCGUUUUCGCCCUCUACAUCGUUUCUCGAGACGGUUCUCUUCUCUACGACUAUGAGUCCCUUACUGCUGAGCAACGCCCCUCAGCCAACGAUAAGAUACGUUGGAGUAGCACCUUCCACACACUAUCAGCGAUAGCGGCUAGCCUCUCCCCAACCCUACCAGCAUCAGGUCACGGUUCGGCUGGUGGGGGCGGAUCUCGACUGGGCUACCUCAACCCACGAGGAAUCAAGACGAUACGCGGCGCUGCAUAUAGUGUGCACUGCAUGACGGUUAUCUCGGGUACUAAAGCCUUCGCCGUUUGCGCGCCGUCCUUCCCUGAAAGUGUUGCACAAGAGCUACUUGCGCAAAUUUUCUUUUACUUUUGCGACUAUGUGAUGAAAAAUCCUUUUUACGAGCUGGGAAUGCCCGCGCGGUGUAAGCAGUUCGACGAUCGAGUGCAACAACUUUUGGGAAAAGCUUGCUCGAAAAUAGAGGUUUAUGCGUUCUGGAAAAAGAACUUCACAGUGCUCGGUAGCUUCGCGCCAAAGGUGAAGUCGGGGGUAAAGGAAAUUCGCCUUCGAUUUUCACGAUCGAAAUUUUGGCUCGGCGUUGGAGCUUCGAUGAGUCCCCAGGUUGAACACAUCCUCGCGCUAUCCAAUUUGAUACCGGCUCCACCACCAGCGUAUGGGCGACGGACGAAAGGACACUAUGAGUUAUUAGAACAGGUUAUGGUAGAAAGGCAGAAGGCUCAUAAGGCGGCUAUUGAGGAGGUUGAAGCACUGUGUGAUUUCAAAUGCGAAAUAAAAUGGAGAAACGGUGUACUGCAACGUCAGCGUUUUGACCAACGGGAAUCGUCUUCUCCUCAACAGAUUAAUGAUGCGACACUGAGUAGAGAGAAAAGCAGAAAGAAUUUUGCUCAUUCGCGAAAAAACGAGAACACUACUCGAUCGGUUUUCGUUUUGGAUCCAGACCUCGGCGUUAAAUCCGGAUGA